GGAAGCGACCGGCUCCAAGCUCGGGAGCGAGAGCAGCCGCUGCCCGUUGUUGUUGUGGCCGCCGCGCGAUGGCAGCCACGGCGCUUCCCCCGCUGCCGCCGCAGUUCAAGAGCAUCCAGCACCAUUUGCGGACCGCGCAGGAGCUGGACAAGCGGGAGCCGGUGGUGGCGUAUUACUGGUGUGAGCUGUGAGCCUUUCUUUGACGAGGAUUUACACCUCUUAUCGAGGAAUGUCAGGCUGUUGUAUAUUGGUGAUGAAUGUGGAAAAAGAAGUCCAUAUGUAUAUAACAGAAGAGUAGCAGAUCCAAAUAAUCUUAUAAUGAUGAAACUGGUCCUCGAGAUUUCCAUUUAUAUGGAAACAAAGAAUUCUUUUAUAUAAAAUCAUUUUAGAAGAGGUCGUUUGUACGCAAUGCAAACAGGGAUGAAGAUUGAUAGUAAAACCCCAGAAUGCCGCAAAUUUUUAUCUAAACUUAUGGAUCAGUUGGAAGCUAUGAAAAAACAAUUUGGCGAUAAUGAAGCAAUUACUCAGGAAAUUGUUGGUUCUGCUCAUGUGGAGAAUUAUGCUUUGAAAAUGUUUUUAUAUGCAGACAACGAAGACAGGGCUGGGCAGUUUCAUAAAAACAUGAUAAAGUCCUUUUACACUGCCAGUCUCCUGAUAGAUGUUUUGACGGUAUUUGGGGAGCUCUCUGAAGAGAAUGUUCAGCACAGAAAGUAUGCCAGGUGGAAAGCAGCAUACAUUCAUAACUGCCUGAAAAAUGGAGAGACUCCUCAGCCUGGGCCUAUUGGAAUGGAAGGAGAGACUUUUGAUCUUGAAAGAGAAGAAGCAGGGUCAUCUUCUCACCAGAGUGGAACAGAUAAAGCAACAUCGUCAUCAUCUACGUAUGAAGCUAACAACACGCCAACUAGCAAUUUCACUGGCAUACAUGUACCACCAGGUGCCCAUGCGCCAGCCAAUACUCCAGCUGAAGUACCUCAUAACACAGGAGUGACAACUAAUACCAUUCAACCUUCUCCUCAAAAUAUUCCUCUAGUAGAUCCUUCCCUGUACAGUGCUCAGGCUGCAGGGGACGUCCGUUUGACUCCAGAGGACUUUGCCAGAGCUCAAAAAUACUGCAAGUAUGCUGGCAGUGCUUUGCAAUAUGAGGAUGUGAGCACUGCUGUGCAGAAUCUACAGAAGGCUCUCAAGUUACUGAUUACGGGCAGAGAAUAAAGCCUUUAAUCCAACAGAUUCAUGUCAUUUGCCUAAAGAACUAACAGCUUAUUACUGUACCCAUUAGGGGAGUGGAAAUAUACAGAAGCUCUCCAUCUCAUCACCUAUGGCAAUGAAAUCACUCUUUCAGUGUCAGUAGGACUCUCCGUUUUCAUUUUUAAAACAGUGGAGCUAGAAGCAUAUGAAUGCAGUUGUUUGAUGUAAGCAAAAUACUGAAGAAUGUACUGUGAACACUGCUUAAGAGGUAGAAUUCAUAUUUCAAUAUUUAGAUUAUCUAUAUGGGAAGUCCCAAAUAUGCAAAAAGGUUGAACAUAGCAAUGUUCUGUUAAAAUUCUGGCUCUGCUUUCAUUUUUUAAAACAAUUAUUUAAGAAGCUUAAAUAGCCUUAAAAUGGUUACAAAAUUUACGACUUCCUCCAGAAAAGAAAGCAUGUAAGAGGACUGACAGAUAUACAAUGGGAAGGACUUUUUUCUGUGCCUAAAUUAUUUGAGUAUCAUCUGAGACAUAAAGUUAAGCACUUGAGGUUGUUUGUAUUAUUUUAAUACAUGCAUUGAAAACGUUUCUUGAUACAUCAGGUAGAGUAAUUUUGAUUGCAUUCCAGCCCAACCACCAACAACUGCAUGGACUGCUGCAUGCAGUCUCGAUCAUUGAUUCUUUGCGUGUACACUGAGAAUUUUGUUUAUGUAUGGUUAACUAAGAGAAAGUACUAAUAUUUAGUGGAGAUGAUCCUGAAACCGGAGACAGAGAUGCUAAACAACGUGAACGUUUAGGGAGAUUUACUUCAUAGGUGUUUCAUCUCUCUAAUAACCUGAAUCAAAGGACAGUUCAACCAUUUGGUUCAUCUUUGGUAUUAGUGAUCUAGAAGUUUGUAUUCCCAGCUAAUAUUCUUUCUGUCUGCUAUGUUGUGGAGGCUAUUUGGACUUGGGAACUAAUUAAAAUAUCUUGGAAAUUGAA